AUAAUUUAUUCAUUCGUCUGUAUGUAUAAAUCCCAGCAUAUAAAUUUAUAUGAAACCUGCUUCUGGAGGCUUCUUUAGCCUUAGCGCGUUGAAGGGAGAGUGCUAUUAAUCUCUCUCUACAAGUUGCGUGUCCUACUCUACAAAAGGGAUGUAGAUCUUCGGCCGUUGUUGAAUAUUUUAUGUUUAUGCAUUAUAUAUAAUAAGGCUGCUGCUUGCAUGUUUUUGAGAAGAAAAAUUUGUCGACAAGAAAUUUUUGAUUUUGUGGGUUUGAAAAAUGGCUGCUGAGGAUGACAAGAACAGUCAUUUUUAUGCGAUUUUGGGUUUGAAGAAGGAAUGCACUGCGGCAGAGCUCAGAAUUGCGUACAAGAAGCUUGCACUGAAAUGGCAUCCAGAUCGUUGUGUUGCAUCUGGGAAUUCGAAUUAUGUGGAAGAGGCUAAAAUGAAAUUUCAGGCCAUUCAACAAGCCUAUUCUGUGCUUUCGGAUGCCAACAAAAGGUUUCUCUAUGAUGUAGGCAUAUAUGACUGUAACGACCAUGAAGAUGAAACUGGUAUGGGUGAUUUCUUGAAUGAAAUGGCAGCAAUGAUGAGCCAAAAAAAUUCUAAUGAAAAUCGAGAGGAGAGCUUCGAGGAAUUGCAGGAACUGUUUGAAGAGAUUUUCCAGAGUGACAUUGAGAUGCUCGGUUCUUCUUCCCGUUCUACAACCUCUCCUGCAUGUUCUUCUUCAUCCUAUGCUUCUUGCAAUGGAAUUUCUAGUACCAGCAACAAAAGAAAUUCAUCGGAAAUGAGCUCAAGCAAUUUGAAGGUGGGAGGCACUCAAUUUGAAGGAUUUUGUGUUGGGGUGGAACAUUGAGGAAACACCAGAUGGGACAAAACAGCAGGAGGAAGAAUAGCCUCAAGGGCCGCAAGUAGGAGGGACGGUCAAAAGUAAAAGGUUUCAUCGUGGCCAUCUAUAUAUCGUCCGACGAGUAUUAAUAUUCUGCCUAGAGAAGACUAUGCACAGCCUUAUUGGAGCAAUUGAAAACCCCAUCACAGUUGACCUUCUAACUAGGCCUAAUUUGGGAUGUCGACGGACGAAGACAUGGAUUUGAGCUUGGAAAAUGGGGUUAAGACUUUUUUUAAAGAAUUUCUAGUCUGAGGUCGUUGGUGCAGUUUAAUUCAAGCAAAGUUGAUUAAUCCUCCGAGGAGCAGAUUUAAAUAAUCCUUAUUUCAUUUUUCUUUUUAAAUAUGAUUGUUCCCUUUAUAAAUCAAUGUGCUUAAGGUUGCAGCUGAUGUUGUUAAUUGUCCUUUGUGCUGUCCAUCAAUGUCUGAAUCUACUUGUUCUCAACAGUUUAUAGCUGAAAAAUGGUUUUAUGGAGUAAAUUUAGACUGUUCCAAUCA